UUGGCACACAGGAUAAGUAUCAAUGACAGGAGCCACGGAGCUUUUCUCAUUCUCCAGUCUCUCCUUGACUUACCUCAGACUCCAGAGGACACAUCGUUACAUCAAACAGAUCAACUGAGGAUGGAUGCUUAUUUCAGUUUUGAGACACCUCUAGAUGUCUUUGUCCUUAUUCUUCCGCAGAUAUUCUAACAAACCACAAAAAAAGGCACAGUUCUGACCCCGUUGGAAGGCGCUGUUGAAGAGAAAAGCUGAGACAGAGAGAAGGACAGACACAGAAGAUUUGUUCUGACUUGUCACGUUUUUGUCCCUUAAUCCUUCCGGUUCUUGAUCGCUGAAAGCCAGCAUAUCCAAGGAAUCGUUAAAGCUAGUCAUCUAGACACACCAUACAAGACAUCUUCACCAACAGAGAGCAUGCCGGCAAUGUUAGGUUGCGUACCGCCUGGAGUUCCCGUUCUGCUCCUAGGGCUGAUUCUGCUGUGGUGCCCUCUAGUGGCCAGGGGCCAGAAUGACACCGAGCCCAUUGUACUGGAGGGGAAAUGUCUAGUGGUCUGUGACUCCACACCAUCUUCAGAGCCAGCGAAUAACGCAUUAGGCAUGUCAGUGCGCUCUGGCACCGGCCGUGUGGCCUUCUCUGCCACUCGUCAAACCAACCAUGAACCCACAGACAUGAGCAAUCGCACCAUGAUCAUCUACUUUGACCAGAUCUUGGUGAAUGUAGGGGGCCAUUUUGAUCAGGAAAGCAGUGUCUUCUUAGCUCCAAGGCGGGGGGUGUACAGUUUCAACUUCCAUGUAGUAAAAGCUUACAACAGACAAACCAUACAGGUGAGCUUGAUGCUCAACGGAUGGCCAAUGAUUUCUGCCUUCGCUGGGGACCAGGAUGUAACCCGAGAGGCAGCAACCAAUGCCGGCUUAGUGAUCAUGGAGAGGGGGGAUAAGGCCUAUCUGAAACUGGAGAGGGGCAACCUGAUGGGCGGCUGGAAGUAUUCCACGUUCUCCGGGUUCCUCGUCUUCCCCUUGUAAAUAGUCGGGAAGCCUGGACAAUCUGCCUGAGCGCAGAGAGGGCAGUCAGACAGCAACGGGGCUGGUUUUCCAGGCACAGAGUAAACUUUUGAACCCCGGACCAAAGAGGAUUUUCAACAGAGAAUCCCUUUUGACAUGUAAGGUGUCCAUGAAUAAUUUAAAUAUUUGUCUGGAAAACCAGCCCAAAGAAUAUAUCUGAGAAGAUCUGUGAUGCAAACUAUAGUAUCAGGCAUCAUUUUAAUUCAGUUCUUCCCAUUUUAAAAACACAACAAAGAUAAAUAGAAACUUAUAUAAACUAAUUUAUUUCAAACAAGAGAGUUAAAGUUUUAAUAAAUAAGAAAUUUUAAUAUUAAGUUAAAUAAAUGAAGAUUAACUAGAUAAGUCAUUUGAAUGUGUUUUUGUUAUGUUUCACAGAGGGUGAGCUAAUUUGUAGUUUAAUAGGAACUAAACUUUCCUUUUUUGGUGUCACAAGAUUUUUUCUCAUGAGGUAACAAGUGGCAUUAUACUAAUAUAUACAUAUGUUCAUUUCCCCUUCAAUGACAUAUUUGACCUCUAAAAAUAGCUUGGAAAUAUUCCCAAGACCUCCUGACAUGAAGUCUGAGGCAUUCUCUUACGGAGUUAUGUUCCUUUUCUUCUACAUUUUAUUCAACAGUGGCCUGCCUUUUGAGACGAAUGUAUUAAGUUUGUAUUUAAACAAAAUAAUUAAAUGAAACUACUUAUUUAAACAUCAA